UCCUCGGCUUCUUUCCCUUUCUAACGCUGCAUGUAUCAGCCUGCUGAAGCUAGUAAGGAAGAGAGAGGGCAGGGAGAUCGAGAGAGGAGGGAGGACUACAGUCGACGAUGGCCAUCCCCGGACGGCAGAGUGCGGCGGCGGCGGAGUCGAGGGCGGCGGUUGGCAGGGAUGCGUUACUGGCGCCGCCGCCGCCCAAGGUGUCGCGGCGGGUGCUGCUCCGGGUGGCGUCGGUCGCGUGCGGCGUGCAGUUUGGAUGGGCGCUCCAGCUUUCGCUACUCACCCCCUACGUGCAGGAGCUUGGGAUUCCCCACCAGUUCGCAAGCCUCGUGUGGCUCUGCGGGCCCCUCUCGGGCCUCCUUGUCCAGCCCUUCGUCGGCCACAUGAGCGAUCGGUGCGCUAGUUCGCUAGGCCGCCGCCGGCCCUUUAUAAUCGGCGGAGCCUUGUCCAUUGCUUUCUCCGUUCUCUUGAUCGGCUACUCCGCAGACAUCGGCCGCAUCCUCGGCGAUCGCGGAGGCGGGGAGACACGGUACGGGGCGAUCUCUGUCUAUCUAGUAGGGUUUUGGCUUCUCGACGUGGGGAACAACACUACCCAGGGCCCCUGCAGAGCCCUCCUCGCAGAUCUCACAGGGAAAGAUCACAGACGGACACGUGUAGCUAAUGCUUACUUUUCACUCUUCAUGGCACUGGGAAAUAUACUUGGCUUUGCUACUGGUUCCUUUAGCCAUUGGUAUAGCAUAUUUCCCUUCAAUGUCACUUCAGCAUGCAGCAUAAAUUGUGCCAACCUCAAAUCUGCCUUUCUUCUUGACGUUGUUCUUCUUUUGAUGACCACAUGUAUUAGUGUGUCAUCAGCGAAGGAAAUUCCUCUUUCUUCUGCUAACAAAGUUAUGACUUCUGUCGAAGAUUCAACCGCACAGUCAGAUAAUGGACAUGAGGCUUUUCUAUGGGAAUUAUUUGGUUCUUGUAGGUAUCUUACGCUCCCUGUUUGGAUGGUUCUCAUUGCGACUGCACUUACUUGGUUAGGUUGGUUUCCCUUCACCCUUUUUGAUACUGAUUGGAUGGGCCGGGAAAUUUACAAAGGAGACCCAGACGAAGGGCAAAUGUAUCAAACUGGAGUGAGAAUGGGGGCUAUUGGUCUCAUGUUAAAUUCUAUUGUUCUAGGUUUUACUUCAGUGGUUUUGGAAAAACUCUGCAGGAAGUUUGGUGCUGGCUUGAUUUGGGGAAUUUCCAACAUUAUCAUGUUCUUUUGUUUUCUCGCAAUGCUUAUAAUAUCUUCUCUGGCAAAGAAUAUUGAUUACCCACCAAAUGGUCUUCCUCCAAGUGGUCUUGUUAUUGCUGCACUUGUUAUUUUUACAAUCCUUGGGGCACCUUUGUCUGUUACCUACACUAUUCCUUAUGCAAUGAUUUCUGCACGUAUAGAACCUUUGGGGCUUGGCCAGGGCUUGUCAAUGGGCAUUUUGAAUCUGGCAAUUGUUGUACCUCAGAUGGUUGUGUCUGUGGGAAGUGGGCCUUUGGAUCAAUUAUUUGGGGGUAGCAAUUCACCAGCUUUUGCUGUAGGAGCAAUUGCAGCUUUUGCUAGCGGUCUUGUGGCAAUUGUUGGUCUGCCUCCUCAAUCCAUCACUAUUCGUGCCACUACUGCUGUCCGAAGGGGUCAAAGGAUUUUGAACACAUAAUUGGCGUUUCUAUCAAUUAUUAUUCUUCCUUCAAUUGGCUCAUUUACAUUGAGAUGGCAAGGAACGUCGUGGAAGCCCUAUCGUACCUGGAGAUUGUCAUUCAGGACUUGUUAAGUUAUUAUGGGUGAUUGGAUCAAUUUUAGUCAGACGCGAUGGCCUCCAGCCCGAGAUGGUAGUGGCCAUUAUUGAUUGCACAACAUAAAACAUAAAAGAGUGAAAAAAGAGAGAGAUAUGUGAAAUAUAUAUAUACAUAUUUGUAUUCUCAUCUUGCUCGCAAACCUCAUUACAUUCUUCAUGGUAUUGCCUACAUUGUAAUCUCACACACAAUAAGAAAGUGGAAUUUACUUGUAAGUUAACUCGCAAAUUGCUUACAUUCAAUAAUCAUUUUUCUUUGUGCUCA